UACCUGAACAUCAAACUGACGGAUAUCAGUGUGACUGAUCCAGAGAAAUAUCCACACAUGCUCUCCGUGAAGAACUGCUUCAUCCGUGGCUCGGUGGUGCGUUACGUCCAGCUGCCGGCCGAUGAGGUGGACACCCAGUUACUGCAAGACGCCGCAAGGAAGGAGGCCAUGCAGCAGAAGCAAUGAGGAGCGCCACGGGCACUAGUGUGGAACGGAGGUAGCCGAGGAUUUACACAAACUGUCCUCAACACAAACUGACUCACCGUUGUCAACCACCAAAAGAAAAUCCAAAUUCUCAUCUGCUUUUUGUUUU